CCUGCUGCGCCUCAAUCUAGUAGAAAUAACAACUGCAACGAAGAUAGCAGGAGCUGAGUUCUAGACCGUUUCUCUUGCCAGUUGCCACGACCUCUGCAGCCACCAAAUCAGCCUCCCAAAGCUGCAAGAAGGAUGGCAGUCCCGGUGUACAGCAUCACGAGAGCGGAUAUAGACGAGUUCUGGAGGAGGAAGGAGGUGGAAGCAGAGGAGCGGCGCCUCGCUGCCGAGAAGGAAGCUGCGAGAAUCAAAGCCAAGGAGCUCAAGGUGGAAGAUUACGUGCUUUUCGAGCAAAUGAUACGGGAGAUUCUCAAGGACGGAAACGAAGGAGACGGGGCAAAGAUGAUGGGGAGAGACAUCACCAGGAACAGCAGGACGGUGGCUGCUGCCGCCAGUAGCACCGAGGCACGGAUUGGCAUCAAACACUGGUGGAAAAGAAGUGCUCAUGCUUAUCUUAAUGCACCUGCACUGUCCAUGGAUGAGAACGGCAGAAGCAGGCAUGCUAUCACAUAUGUCCUGCAAGAGAGAUCUACCGGAAUCUGCUCAUCAACUCCAUGCCAGCCAAAUACCACUGUUUUUGUGAUCUUUUAGGUGUCCAUGCCAAGGAUAAGCUGAGACAUGGGGAAAUCAGAAAAUAUGAAUGCGAGUCCUGUGUCAGUUAUACUUUGGGUCAAAUAAACUACACAUUGUUUCUCAUCAAGUAUUUAAGCGUAUGCCUAUAUUCCAAUACUACUUAUGUAAUUAAGUAAUAAGUACGGAUAACCUUGUUGCCUCGCAUAGAAAGCAAGAUCAUUGACUAAUGAGAAAUUGUCAAAACA